AGACAUUGUUCGUUAUCACGGUAGUCAGUUCAAAAUAUUUUUACCCAUCGUUCGAGUCUCUUUGGAAUGACACACAAUACCAGGUAGAUACCUAUAUAAUACCUACACAAACAUUGUAUUCAAAUAAAAUAAUAAUAUCUUAACACCAAUUGACUACCUACUUUAAGUAAAGGAAGGUAUAAUUACAUGAUUAUUUGUAAAAAAAAAAAAAAAACUUGAACUUAUAUUCUGUAUAUUUUGUGAUAUUUUUCUAAAAAUUUAGUUAAGUACAAAUGUCUAUAAUACUUAUCUAUCUAACUAAAAUAUCAAUUUUCGCUUAAAAAACAAUUGAUUUUUUUGUUUGAUAUUUAUUCGGUCCGUGUGACUUGGAGCACAUAUUGUAAUUUAAAUUGAACUACUUAAUAUUUUUAUUGUAUAAUAGAAUAUCAAAAAAUUAUUCAUUCUUAUCGAAUUACCUAUAUUGUUAUUAUUUUUUUUUUAUUUUGUUUUAACGAUUUUAAUAUUAUAUUUUUUAGGUUAAACGUCAACAAAAUACCUAGGUAAUUGAAUAAUUUUACCGAUGAUUAUAUCGUUUUUUAUUUGGGAAUAGACCUAUUAAAAAAGUUAACUUGUAAAAAAAAAAUGUAUACGAGAAAAAAUGAGGUAAAAAUGUAAUUUUUUUCAAUGAAAAUAAUCGAUUUAAAAUGUGUUUAUAUAUGUGGUUUUAGAAGACCUUGACCUACCAUAAAAUAAUAUGGUGGUCUUGAAUUUAAGUAAGAAAUUAUUCUUUAUUCUACACAGACGAAUUGUUCAUUUUCUCAAAUAUAUAUGCAUAAUAUAAAGAACGUAAUAUGUUAAUUUUUAUGCUUUUAGUGAAUAAGAUGGUUCUUUUAAAAUAUUAUCCUCUGCGAUGAAUUCUAAACAAAUUUCUAUUUCUCCCCAUUUAUUUUCUUAUAAUAUUAUUUAGAACUAAGAAUAACUAUACACAUUGUUCACUCUCCAUAAGUUUAGGGAAAGUAAAGGAUUUAUGUUUAUACAUUUAAAUAAUAUAAUACUUACAUAUAUUGUAUUAUUAUUAUUUUUUUUUUCAUAAUUCAAUGGAACUAUUAUACGUAGAUAACUAAAGUGGAACACGAAUCCAUAUUAUAACAAUUAUAAAAAUAAAAAUAAGAUUAUAAGAUUUUAUGUCUUCAUAAUUUUUUAGUUAAUAAUUACUAUUAAUAGUUAUUAUUACUCAUUAAUAUUGCUAUUACUAUAAUAAGAUAAUUUCGUUGAAAUGUAAGCCUACAACACUAAUAAGUUUAUAUUAAAAUUAUUAUACUUUUUAUUUAUCAUUUUGUAUUAGUUUUUCGUCCAAAAUAAAAUACAGUAAUACAGUAUCGAUUUGUAAUUCAGGUAUCCGUAUAUAAGGUGAAUUCAACAUUUUAGUGUUAUAUUUAAAGAAAUGUCAACAGGCACAAACUGAAAGAAGAAAGAAAAAUGGUAAUCAGUAUAUUUGCCCUAUAAUUUGCGAAAUAUUUUUUAGGUCAGUUCAUUCGGUCAUAGAACUUUAAUAUACCUAUAUAUUUGUUCUUCAUAAUUAAAGUUACGGUACUCCAAGUACGUGUCCGUACGAUUGCACUGUAUAUCACAUGAAUACUAAUGUAUGUCAACCAGAGCAGGCGUGUCUUAGGUGUUUUUUAUUUUUUUUUUUGACACUAUAUAAGACAAGAGUUAAAUGACUCAUCUAUAUACAAAUGUUUCGAUAUCUCACGGAGAUGCGAAACUAUGAAACAGCCAAACACUUGAUCACCGAACGUUGUGCGAUUUGGUACUUCCGCAUUGAACACACGGGUACACACAUACUUGUUUUUCUGUUUUAGGCCUGUCAUCAUCAUGUUAUACUUCGCUACUAUUAUGUGCCUCGUGACCUCGUUGCCGGCUUCAAUGAACUUGCCACUAGUAGACCCGGGUAAGCAGAUUCAAUAUUUAUUUGUUGUUGUUUCCGAUUAUAUUUUCAAAUUUUUGCGCGGGAAAAUACCAAACAUUUAAUUACCAAACCUUACAGCGAAAAUUAAAAUGUAUAUUAUCACAAACAACGAAUGCAAUUUGUAUAAAUACUUUACCAAUCAUUUGCAUUAUUAUGAGUCUCUUGGGUCCCAAGGAAGAAAGGUUUAAAUAUAUUUUUGGCUUUUUUUUAAUAACUGUCCAUAAUUGAACCACCAUUUUCAAUAAUAUUCUCCGAUUUUUUUAAAAUUUUCAGAAUUUUUUCCCAUUGUUUUUUAAUUUGUUUUAUAAAAUUUACUGAAUCUCCUUCUCUGUAACCAAAAAUAUAUUAUGUACAAUUUAUUAUGUACCUUUUAAUAAUUCCUACUAUUGUUUUAUUUCAAUUGAAGGACUAUUUGUAAUAUCAGGCGUUAAAACGUGCGGUGAUAAUUCUGGAUAUUGUCUCCUGGGCAGUGAUUGUACUGCAGAUGAUGAUUUUUUGCCAGAUCCUUUGGGUAAUUGCGACGGUUUAAAACGUGCAUUCACUCCGAGUGCUCCUUUUGUAUGCUGUAAGUUCAAUAAAAAACCAAUACCAUCAGGGAUACCAAUAAAAGAUUCCGAUAUUAAAAAGUUUACUUCUGCCAAUACUAAUGACGAGUUGGCUAGAAAUGCAAGGGAAAAUAUAGAUGAGUCGAAAAUGGAAAGCGAACAACUGGCGAAAUUGAAUCAAAUCGAAUUAGUGGUAAAAAAGAUUAUUGAACAAUUCAUUAACGAAACCGCGAAUAGUAUUAAAACAAACGAAACCACAAUCGACAACCAGACAAACAUGGAAGAAAAUACAAUGAGAAACGAAAUAAGAGAACAAAUUAUUAAAGAUGAAAUACCAAUGAUCGCUAAUAAUCAAACGGAAAUUAAUGAAACUACUACGAAUCCUAUAAUUAUAAUAAAAUCUGAUGAAACUGAAACCACAGAUGAUGAAAGUUCUAGGACAGAAAUUCCUUCAGAAAACAAGGAAAACACCGAAGAAAAUAAAGUGGAUAUAAUACAGAUUGCAGAAACGGAAGAAUCAUCUACCAUGAUGGACGAUGAAUUUAAAGCUGACAAAAAUAUUUGUCAAAAAACCUGUAAGAGUGAAGUAACUUUUUUGGUAGAUAAAAAACCAAUGUGUUAUGGAACACUUUUAGAUGACAUAUGGAUUUUAACUUCUGCAACUUGUGCUUCUAGGUAAAAUUAUACAAAUGAUCAGUAUUAUCAUAAACUAAUCAAAAUAUUUAAGCUCGUAAUUAAAAUGUUUACAUUUUCUUAAAUUUCUAAUUCUCUAUUCUCUCCAAUAUCCAGUUUUUCGCUAUUUUUCAGGCAUCAUAAACUGAACAUUUCAAAAAAUUUCGAGAAUUAUAAUAUCCAUACUAAAUACAAUAUUACUAACAAGAAUUUUAAUUAAAUUUCCAUCACGUAGAUUAAACAAAGCAGACAUCAGGAAAGUGACCGUUAGCCGUAAAGAGUCGAUUGGGACGUCGCUGAACAUAUCAAACAUCUUAGUGCAUGAGAAUUUCAAAUCACCAGUGUCCAAAAAUCCACCGGAAAAUAAUGAUUUAGGUAUAACAUUUUUAUUUUUUAAACAUUUAUAAUACGGAUUUAUUUUAAAAUGUGCGUGUCAAAUUAUUUAGCAUUAGCCAGUUUAACCGUACCACUUCAAGGUGAAGCAUGUAUUCCCUGUUUUAGCCAAAAGAGUAGCAUUACAAAUGAAGUUUGUAAAACCUUUCAAACCACCACCUAUAAAAACGCAGUGAAAUCAGGUCUUUAAAACUAAAAGGGGGGAAAACCACUAAUAUUUUAACGGUACAUUUAAUUUUCAGCCGAAGUCUGUGAAGGUCAAGUGCAACAACGAAAACUGAUUAGCAAUUCCUAUUUAGUACUGCCGUGUUUCAAGUGGAGAAUGCAAUACAAUGUGAAUGUAUGUAUAUGAUUUUUUAGUAAAAACAGGCGUAUCUGUAAGAUUUUUGUUUUAAAAUAGCUUUAUUUAAAAGAAUACAAUGAAUAGUUGUAAUUUGAAUUAGAAACGUAAACAAUUUUUCAAAUUGUGUGUAAUGAUUCAAAAAUAAGAAUGAAACGAAAUAUUUAUAACAAUUGUCAGGUCUGGGAAUCAUAUGAAAAAUUAAAUACUAAGAAAUUAAUUUUAAAUUAUUUUAAUUGAUUUUUCAGCUAUUGUAAAUUAUCUGAAAUAAUUAUUACAAAAUUAAAAACUAAUUUAAGUAUGCUGAUAAUUUAAUACAAGCAUUAUUUAAAAUAUAACUACACAAAUAGUUGAAUAAGAGCAUGCGCUAAAAUAAAGUUUAAAUGUUUUUUUAAAGGAAAAUAUAUUAAAAGGUAUUUAUUUAAGGACAAUAACUUGAAGCAUCUCUUACAGAAAGUAUGAAUGUAUACUGAAAUGCUAUGUAUUGUAAUAGAGAAAGUAGCAAUUCAAAAAAAAAAACCUGUAAAAGAAAAUUGUACGUAACAACUCGUAUAAAUGAACGAAAAAAAGUGUCGAAUUCGAAAAAAUUUUAAGUAAAAUAAAUAAAAAAAUAUUUAACUAAAUAAUCAAUUUAUCUUCAGGAGUUAAAGAACAAAUAUAUUUCGGUGUAAAUCAGUAAACUUUUAUUUAAAGUUGUAUUCAAAAUAUACUAUCUAAAACAUUAUGCAGUUUAAUGUUCAAUAGGUAUCUUAAAUAGACUAGGAUCAAAUUAUUUUUAUAACAUUAAACACAUAAUUUCGUAAUCACACCGAAACUGCAAAAAUUAUUGUAUACUAUUAUUAUACAAAACGCAGCCGUCAUUGUAUUAAUUUGAAAAUAUAUUUUUAUUUGUAUUAUUUUUUAUUUUUUGUACCUUAACUGAAAUGAAAUUGUGUUAAUGUUUACAGCAAGAGGGACGGCUGGGAAGCGGCCUGUGGUGCGACGGUAAACUGGCUGGCGUCCAAACGGGCGUUGGUGUAGGGUCGCUGAUUUAUACACCGGUGAACGAGUACGUCGAGUGGAUAUCCGAUAACAAGAGGUAAAAACUUGUUAUGGAUUUCCGGGUACCCAACGAUUGAGCUUAGAAAUAAAAUGCUAUAUUAUACUCAUGACAUAUUAUUACAAACGCGUAGAAUUUUAUUGAAAUAGCACACGCAACUUGAAGUUACUAGUUAUAUAUUUUCAUACUUUUUAUAAACGAUACGCUACAUAAAACAUUAGGUAUAUUAAAGGUAUCAUGACGACUAAUUGAACAAAAACCUCAUAAGAAAUAUGUAAUAAUAUCUAAAACAUAAAUAGACAAUUUUCGAUUAACAUAUUCUAUUAAUUUUACAUUUAAUGAAAGUAUCCGGUUUUCAUACUGAAUAGCAAAUUGAAGUAUCUAUACUUUUAAAACACUAAAAUAAAUAUUCAACCUUUUUUUGUGAAUUGAUUCCACGAUUUUGUAUGACACAUAUGUUAAUUAAUUCGAUAUUUUUUAGUGAGAUAUUCAAAUUAAAUACCUAUAUUGAUGCCUGUGUAUGACCAAUAUUUAAUUUUUAGGAUCGAAAAAAGAAGAUAAACGAGACACUUACUAUUACAAGCUACGAUCCUGAGACGUAUAUUAAAAAGACUGUGCAAUUAUUAAAUUAUUUAAUUUAUUUAUAAUUAUAAUUAACGUAGAGGUACCGAUAAGUUAUUUCUUAAUUUUAUCCAUUCGUGUAUAAAAUUUUAUAUUGUUAAUACUGUGUACAUUUUUUUUUUCAAAUUAAUAUACCCAAAAAGGCAUCGGC